AGCCAGACCUAGCCUCCGGACGGGGACUGCAGAUGCUGUGCGCCUCUCCGCUGCGCUUUUCGCUGCUGUACCCAGGAGCUCUCCAGAUGCGCCUCGACUCCUGGAGCGCGCUGCUGCGUCUCCCGUUAAACCUCCUUCACCCGCCCCAGCAGCCAGGCUGGACCCGGCGUUCGGAGCGGGGCCCUAGCCCACCGGGUCGGCUGGUAUCUCCCGGGCGGCAGGAGCCGAGGAUCGGCAGGACGGACAGGCCGGGAAGCGGCGCCGAGACUGAGCCCCAGCUCCUGUCCCAGCCGCCCCAACCGCCGCUGCCGUCGCCAUGGCUUGCCAUCACCAUGGCCGCGGUGGAUCGUUUCCACCUCUUGUACAGAGAGAUCAGUCGCUCCUGCAACUUUUACAUCGAGGCCCUGGCUAUAGUUGGAGCCUGGUACACGGUCAGGAAGUGUGUCUCUCUUGCCUUCAACACCUACGGCAUGCUCAGGCUGCAUGUCAUUCCCAGGCUGGGCAGCAAGGUUGAUCUUGUCAAGCAGUAUGGGAAAUGGGCUGUGGUCACUGGUAGCACAGAUGGUGUUGGGAAGGCAUAUGCUGAGGAACUGGCAAAGCGUGGGGUCAACAUCAUCUUAAUCAGCCGCAACAAAGAGAAGCUGGAGGCUGUCUCUAGAAGCAUAUCUGAAACUUAUAAAGUGGAAACAGAUAUCAUAGUAGCUGACUUCAGCAAGGGGAGUGAACCUUACUCAGCCAUUAAAGAGGCACUGAAAGACAGAGAAAUUGGCAUUUUGGUCAAUAAUGUGGGAAUUUCUUAUCCCUACCCGGACUAUUUUACCAACCUGUCUGAGGACAUCCUGUGGGACAUAGUCAACGUAAAUAUUGUUUCUGCUAACAUGAUGACCCAUAUUGUGCUGCCAGGCAUGGUAGAGAAGAAGAGAGGAGCAAUUGUGAAUGUUUCUUCUGCAUGCUGCUGUCAGCCCACACCACUGUUGACCGUCUAUGGAGCCUCUAAAACCUACCUGGACUACUUCAGUAGAGCACUACAUUAUGAGUAUGCCUCCAAAGGAAUUUUUGUUCAGAGCUUAACCCCUUUUAUCAUUGCUACAAAAAUGGUAGAGUUCAGCAACGUUGCAUCAGAGCCAUCUUUCUUUUUUCCUUCUGCUGAAGAAUAUGCAAGGCAUGCAAUUUCUACUCUUGGGUUAUCCAUAAGGACUGCUGGAUACUGGAAGCAUGCAGUAAAGUUCACGCUGGGUGAAUGCGUACCUGAACGGAUCUGGGCAUGGCUUGCAGUAUAUGUUUUCAGAUACCUAUUCAAGGAAUCUUAAACAUGCAAAGAGAAAUAGGAGUAUCCAAAUGUCCUGCAUACUGAGUAUUAUAUUCUGAUCAGAGUGCUGCAGAAAUGUCUAGUGGACUUUGAUUGAUUUACCCAUACCUCACUAAACAAGCCAUGUGUAACCUUGACAUUAGAUGUCUGCAUCCUCUCUGUAUUAAAUAGCUCUCCUCCUCUGCUUUUCCUCCACAACAAA